UCACCGUUUUAUUUGAGUGUUCUGACCCUUAAAAAUGCCUAGGAGUGUAACAAAACAGGUUGAAGCAUCAUUUAGCAUGAAUUAAUUCUCUGGCUAGGCCUCAACCCUUCACAUGGAUGUAUGCUGGUAAAUGAUAAGAAAAGUACAGUGAGUGACACCGAUAUAUAUUUACAUGUUGGAGGCAGCCUAGACCGCUAGGUUAUCAAGGGACCCGAGGUCUGUCUGAUAAAAGAUUAUUUUCCAACCAGAAAAUUUCCUAGCGCAUGGUGUAUAUUAACCUGUGUGUUUGUGUGUAUGUGUGUGUCUCCAUUCUCUGAGGAGUUAUAUAUUACUUCUACAUCCAAUUGUUUUGAGUGUGUUUGUGUAUAAUUAUUUACACACACACAAAAAAAAUCUGUGCAGCAUUUUAUAUCUAGAGAAAGAGAUAGAGAAGGGAGAAAAAAGGAAGAAGAACGUGAAAAAAUCAUCAGUGGUGCUAGUUCAUUAGUUCAGGAUCAUCAGAAUGAAACUGGAGCCUUGCAGAUGAGAUAUCAGUGCCUGUGAAGUACAAUUUCUCCUUUCCCAGAGCUUGUGUUUUUGAUUGUCUUUCCAUUGUUGUGAACAGCUCUCAAAGAAAAUUCAUUCCCAAUAUUUUUUGGGGGGGAUUUGUUUUCAUUUUUUCCCCUGUGUUUCCAAAAGAUUCCAGUUUUCUUUUUUUUUUUUGCAAACAGCCUGCAUUGGUACCGCACAUUGCAGAUGAUCUGAAACAAUCUCUCCCUGGAAGAAAAAUUCCUGGUGGAAUUAUAUAAAAAAAAAACCUACAAAAAAGCUCUAGGAGGCUCUGUCCUAUCAUGGAUUGCAGUACAGAUGCUGACCUUGAAGCUGCUGCCCUUGACCUUGAUGGAGUUACUGGAUUCAUCUGAUGUCUGAUACUACUUUACAAAGUUCUUUGGUCAGCUAGGGUUUACUCGGGGAAAAAACACACACACACCAUGGAUCUAUCGGCCUUUUAUCAAUAUCUGUAUGAUGAUUCUUCAGUGAAGAUGGAUCUAAGCUUUGAAGAUUCAAACAGCAACACCAUGCCAAGCAUGGCAAAUCCGUACCAUCGACCAAUGGACUUGGGUUCGAAUGACUUGGCACACAAAGCACGCAAGAAUAAAGAGGACAAAUACUGCGGCGUGUGUGGGGACCGAGCUCUUGGAUACAACUUUGAUGCCAUAUCCUGCGAGUCUUGCAAGGCGUUCUUCAGAAGAAACGCACCGAAAGGACUGGAAUAUUUCAAGUGUCCAUAUGAGGAAAAAUGCAAGAUGGACGUCUCAAACCGGCGAUUCUGCAAGCGCUGUCGUCUUAGGAAAUGCUUCGAGAUUGGCAUGCGUAAGGAAUACAUCCUGACUGAAGAAGAGAAACUUCGAAAAAGGCAGCGAAUAGAAGAGAACAGGUUGAUUCAGAAAGUACGAGAUGUAGAUAAGACAAAGACACAGUCUGGGAUUGUGAGUACGACGGAAAACAGACUACGCGCACUGGAGCCUGAUGAGGAGUAUAUGAUAAACGAAGUGGUGGGAGCUUAUAGACAAUCUUUGGAGGUGUCCAUCGCUUCCGAAUUGCCAAAAGACAAACCGCAAAUGCACAUGAAAGACUUGGUAAACAUUGCAGAGCUGAGUGUACGUCGAGUAAUAGACAUGGCAAAGAAAAUCAAAUCAUUUAAGGCAUUGUCGCAAACAGAUCAGAUCAGCCUGCUCAAAGGAGGCUCGAUCGAGCUGCUUAUUCUGAGGUCAGUGAUCUCAUUCGACAAGGAGAAGAACCAAUGGCUGGACCCCUUAGACAGCGAGGACCACUCCAUGAACAUGAAGAACCUCCAGGAAGGAGAGGGCGCCACUUUGUUUGCGGAACACAUGAAGUUCACAAAGUCCCUGGCUGUUGACCUGAAGGCGGAUGAAACCAUGUUGAUUCUCUUGCUGGUCAUCUCCCUGUUCUCGCCGGACAGGCCCAAUAUCAGUGACAAAUCGUACGUUUGCCAGGAGCAGGAGAAGUAUGCUUUGUUACUUUUACGUUACCUAGAAUCUAGGUACUCUCCAUACACAGUGCGUGCCAUUUACCCGAAAUUGUUGAUGAAGCUGACAGACAUUCGUGAUCUGAACGAGGAGCAUUCUCACGUCCUGCUGAAGGUCAACCCCGAGGGCAUACAGCCCCUCAUGAAGGAGGUCCUGGAUAUGAAUCUAAAGGACACCAUCACUGGAAACUGUGAAAGCCCAAUGUGAUUGGGGAGGUAGCUAGCUAGAGAUGAUUAAAAAAAAGGUUUAUAUAUAAAUAUAUGAAUAUAUCUGUCCCAGUGGGCACUUGUUGUGCAAGUAUGAAUGGAUGAAAAUCUAAUUUUCUGCUUGUGAAAAUAUUUUGACAGUGAAUGUAUGUAACUUGUCGUACAAGAACAUAGAUUUUAAGAGCAGUAGAAUUCUAAUUCAACAAACCCCUCCUCGGUUUUUUUGUACAGGACAAGAAAGACAUGAAUUAGGGCAGUUCUCAAAAGAGAGAAGUCUUUCUCAUGUACAUGUAUAUUUUGUUAAUUCAGAUAUAGUACAUGUAGCACUUUAUUUGAAAGAGAAAAAAAACACAAACUGAAGAAAAUAUUUUGAAUAGUUGUGCAUAUGUACUUGGAUAACUGCACACUCAAUUUGUAUGUCUGUGUGUGUGUGUAAGUGCUAGGUGGAACUCAGACUGUAUAAGUCGAUGUGUUUUGGUCUUGCCAGAUCGCGAGGGAAUUCCACAAGUAUUGCAUUCAGUGGAAAAAUGUAUACAUAUACUGAUUUAAUUAAUAUCCUGUAUUCAUUCAUAUCCAACAUUUUUUUUCUCUGUUUAACAUGGAUGUUAAAUCAUUAUUUGCUGUGAAAUUUUAAUUUUGUCCUUACGAAAUAGCUACAAUGUGAAUCGGGCUCCAUAAUAUAAUCGUCAAGAUUCUGAAAGGGAAAAAAAAUGUGCUGUACUUGUUGUCUUGUUGUACUCUUUAAUUAAUCAUUGUGUAUGAUGAGAAAAAAAAAUGUAACAUUUUUUAAAAAUUUCCCUUUUGUCACCAAGUGCCUGUGUGAAAUGAUAACAGAAUAUUGUGAUAUUAUUUUCUUCUUAGAUAGGGAAGGUGAUGGAUAAACAUAACUAUAUAGCUAUUAGGACUCUCAUUCUUUCUUGCUCGUUCUCUCUCUCUCUCUCUCUCUCUCUGUCUCUCUUAAACUGCGAUCUCUUGGUAGGUGAAACGGCUAAAAUAAUAAUGAUUAGAAGAAAAUUUAAUCAACUGUAGAUUUAGCACUAAUUAUCUACAAUAUUUCUGUACACUUGAUCAAGAAUUGUUCUGGUUGAGAUGAGCUCAUUAACAAGCUUAUAAGCUUACCCGAUUGAAAACCCCAUCUUUAUUCUUACAGAACCAGCGAAUGUAAUUCUAUAAAAUAAUGUGGACACCCAAGAAUCGAAGCUAAUUCAGAAAUAACAGCUAUUUUCUCUUAACUACCAUUAGUACUAGGUAUUAGGCUAAAAAAUUGUCAAUUAUUUCAUGGUGUUAAUAAGCACAUUACUGACAAAUGAAGAAUUCCAACAACUGUCUAAGUGUUUAAUUCAUUAAAUUAACAUCAGAUCUGUAUCAUUUUACAGAGGUUUAUUUUAAAAUGUAAAUUAUGGGAGUUGCAGACAAAAUUCAGUGAGCCCUGAUUGACGUAGAGGACAUUUUGUGAAUUACAAAUAUAUAUCUGGCACGUGUUGUAUCUACUGCAAUACCGGUGAGCAUAAAGACUAUUAAUUACGUAUUUUUCAAACACAAAAUGUGUGAUAGUAAUUAAUCAGCAAAGGUUUUUUUCAUUGUAUUUUUAACUUGUUGCCAUGCAAAUAUCUGUCUUUUUAGGCACAUUAUACAGAUUUUAUAUUUUUAUUUUUUCAUACAAAUUUCUGAGAAGUAUUACAAUAUCCUCAGAUGUAAGACUUUUUUCUAUGCUCAGAUAUCAUCAAUGAGGGAAUCUUGGUCAAUUUUUAAAUAAAUCGUAUGUCAAUAAUCGAAAUGAGCCAAAAUUGAUUUUCAUUGGAAAAAUUUACGGAAAAAAAUUCACUCUGUUGCUUUGUAUGUAAAAUCCGGGCCAAAUAAAAUAAAAAACAUCAGAACAGUUUCUAUCAUCUGUAUGUUUUAUGCUUUUCUCAUAAAUGCCUACACUUGGAUUAAUUUUCUAAAUAUCAAGAUAAUCGAAAUCUUUUUUGAAGAAAAAAAAUUCAAGCCUGGUUAGUUGAUAGCAGUUAUUUUAUGUUCUGAGUAUUGUUAUUUGAGGGGAAAAAAUCUGCUCAUUCUGGUAAAACAGAAGAUGGUUGUUUCAUAUAUUAUUAAUUAACAAAAAAAAAAAUCGAUGUUUUGUAUAUAUAAUUGUUUCAACUUCACUUGUCUAUUAUUAAUUAUACUUGGAUUUCAAGCUAACUUGUGAAUUUUCUUCAAGUGAAGACAUGUACAAUGUACAUUGUAAAUGUUCCUACAGCAAGACUGAUUUUAAAAACUCUGCUUGAAAACCAACACAAUUAUACCUGUAUGAGUAUAUACCUCGAUUUCCUUGUGUUGCAAUGAGCGUAGGGGUGUGGUGAUUUCUCUGUGUAUUUUAUUUUGAUCCUUGUUUUAUUACCCUGAAGUGAUUGGAUUUAACCAUGUUUUGUUUUGGUUAUAAUUUUAGACUUAAUUUUUAACAUUUAUUUUCUCAGCUUCCAAAAAUUUUAGAUACUUACUUUCAAGUCUGACAGUAAAGUUAUUAUUUUUCUGUUUUAGCAAAUCAAAGAUAAUUUCUUUUGUCAGCUCACUGUACAAGUUUUAAGAAGUGCAGUUUGUUGUUGGUUUCAAUAUUUCAUAUACCCCAUUCAACUUCCUGUAGAUAUUGAAUUGCAGCAGACAUUGUAAUAUAAUAUUACAUGAACUCAGAUCAUAUUUGUUGGUACAUGUUUAUAUGUACAUGUACUUUGCUUGCCUGUGACUAAAACUGUUUUACAAGUUGAUCUUUUAAAUUUGAAAGUUAAUGAAGACAUUCAUAGCUAGAUGUUCCUGUGUUACUGAAUCUGUGCAAAUGGAUAAUUUGCAUGAUUUUUGUAUAUUAUAGUGCUAAAUUAGACAAUUUACAGAAGGCAGAUAGAUGAUUAUGUCUGUUACUUGGUUUUAGAUAAAGGGAUGCGACCCUGCAGCAAUAUUUCCCCGCUGACAGACUUGUACUAUUUUUGCUAUAUCUCUAUGUUACCAUCAUCCUGUGUAUUAAUUGGUUAUGUACAUUACGAUAAAUAAAUCAUGUAUUGUACUGUUAA